AAGGUUAUUUUUCCGGCCGCCGGAGCGGAGCGUUUAGGCCUUAAUGUUAGCGCGUUAGCCGCUGUGGCUAACAAUCAGACUGCUAACAGUGUUUAUUAUAAUCAUAACGCGUCACAAACCGGAGCGUGACUCUAAAUAUGUAGUUUUAUAGCUGAAGGACACAUGUAACUUUAUUUAUAUAUACAGUGUAUUACACAUUGUAUAUGAUAAUAAUAAUAUAGUAUAUAACGCUGUGCCUCAGAGUGUAAAUUAUACUCAUUAUACACCGCUUUGUUUCAUUAUAUUGUGAACAUUAAACUUUACAUUUUAACGCUUUAUUAGCAGUUUAGCGCGUGCAGUGUUGUUAGCAUGGUGCUAAUUGUCCCUCUGACUGACCGCCUGUGAGACGUUUUGUUCUUCUUUACCUACAAUUCUACUAGAAAAUAAGUUUAUAACCCUCAAAAUUGUUCCAAAUUAAACCUAUUUUGAACGUUUUAUUGCACGGAAUUGAUGUUACAUGAAGGUGUUUGAAGCUCCUGAGGUAAGUGAGUAAUAGCAUGGAUCCAGACAGUGGGGCGGACACCCAGCGAACUCUCAGCCUGCAAUGGAAGAGCUACAAACUCCUUCAGGACCCAGCCAUCCGCAGGGUCGCUCAGAAAGUCUACAGAUACGAUGGGAUUCACUUCAGCAUCCCGGACUCAGGGUUUCCUCCUGUGGGGGAGUUACGUGAUCCUCGACCUCGGCGGAUCUGGUCCAGACACACAGAGAUGUCUCUUCCUUUGCCCAAAUUUAAGUUGGACGAGUACUACGUGGGUCCCAUCCCGCUGAAGGAGGUGACGUUUGCUCGGCUGAACGACAACAUCAAAGAGCCCUUCCUGUUAGACAUGUGCACUAAGUUUGGCGAGGUCGAGGAAAUGGAGAUCUUGUUCCACCCCAAGACCCGCAAGCACUUGGGUUUGGCACGUGUCCUCUUCACCAGCACCAAAGGGGCCAAAGACACGGUCAAACACCUGCACAACACCUCUGUCAUGGGCAACAUCGUCCACGCACAACUCGACAUCAAAGGUCAGCAGAGGAUGAAGUAUUAUGACCUGAUCGUUAAUGGGUCAUACACACCACAGACUGUUCCCACAGGAGGAAAAGCCCUGAGUGAGAAGUUUCAGCCCCCUGCUCCAGCACAGCCCGACACGUCGUCUGAUAUCAGACGGAAGCUCUCGACAGAUCAGGUGCCGGUUCCUCCACUCGGCAGCGCUACCCCGUGCUCCUUGGACACUGGAUUUGGGGAGCAGCGUAUGGACACACCGCCAUCCUCCCUCGGGGGGCCGUACACCCCUGGCUCUUCAUGCUCUUCGCAGGGAGGAGGAACUCCUUACACGUCACGUUCUGGAACCCCCUUUUCCCAGGAUUCAGGAUACUCCGGGGGCAGGCAUGGAGGUUACAGCGGUGGUCCUGUGGGUGGAGGUUUCCCCGCGCAGGACAUGCUUCCUUCAUCUUCCUGCUCUUCAUCCGCCGUGUCAUCUUCGUCCGGGUUCAAGUCUCGCUUUUAUGACGAGCCUCACAGAGUUCCUCCUCAAGACCCCACGGUGUACCACAGAGGUCGGCCCGGUUUUCCCCCUCCUCCCCCUCUUCCCUGUUACCCCUCGUAUCACAACGCUGGCACCACUGGGAUGCACAUGCCCCCGAACCCUCACAUGCCCCCCUCAGGAACCCUGUACGAGUCUCCGCCAGUGACCGAACGAGAGCGGGAACGGGAACGAGACCGGGGACAAAGAGACAGAGAUAGGGAGCGGGACAGGGACUCUGGUGGGCGUUAUGGCAUGUCUCGCCGCUCCUCUUACCAUCACCAACCGGAUGUAAUGUCCAAGUCCUCCUACCACACACACCACUCGCACCGGGAGGAGCGGGAAAGCAGGUCGUAUCGUAGAGACAGCUCGGCCUCCAGGGAACACGGAAGGCACCGGAACCAUCACCACUCGCACAACCACCACGGACGGAGGAGGGACAGUAGGGACAGGGACGGAGAUUAUGCCAACAGCUCUGAUCCACGAUACAGAAGCCACUCCAACUCCAGCCAUCGCUCCUCCAACAGUAUGUCUCCUCCACCCGCCUCGUUCGGAGGAUACAAUCAAUCUAAAGAGGCUCCAACCCAGGACACUCCAUCUUCGUCCCGCAUGGAGCCUUCUCCAUCCUUCAGGUCAGGGGAGAGAUCGAGCGGAAGUGGGGAAAACGAUUAUCGAUCUCACCACCCACCAGUACACCCUCCUCCUCCUCCUCCACCUCCCCCUCUUCCCCCUGCUUCCGUCAUCGCCGCGGCAGUGGCCGAAACUCUGAGCUCGCUGGAUUUUGGCCAGGAGAGCCCAGUACGUGAGGAGCAGUGGAGCAAACCCAAGAGGCGCCCCAGCACCCCACCGCAGCCCCCCCAUACCCCUCCACCAUCCUCCCCUCCUCAUGCUUCCAUUCCUUCAUCAUCCACUUCACCAUCCUCUACCUCUCUGCCUCACCACCACCCUUCCUCCACUGCGUCUCUAUCCCCACCCCACGCACAACGAGACUCCUCCUCUCCGGAGCCGGACUCCACCAACGAGAGCCUCCCGUUUGUUCACCACUGCAGCAGUUUGGACUCGCGCAUAGAGAUGCUGCUAAAGGAGCAGAAAUCCAAGUUUUCCUUCCUCGCCUCUGACGACGAGGACGAAGACAAGAAGGACGAAGGCGCCCAAGGAGGCUCGAGGAAGCUGCGGGAAGAGGGCGGAGACCGAGAGACGGACGGAGGACAGCAGAGGAGAACGGAGAGGAGAAGCAGAGUGAGAAAACAGGCGGCAACACCAGCAGGAGGAGGAGAUGGAAGGAAAAGCCCUACAGAAACGGCUCCAUCCUCCGCCUACCUCUCCGCGUCACUGUCUGAGACGUCACAGGGACAGCAGGUCCUCAUACAAGAGGUACACGCAGCGUCCGACACGCAGAAGGUCGCAGGUGCACACACACCACCCACCUACAAUGGAGAACGACAGCCUUCCCCACAUUCCUCUGGAGAAGAUAUGGAAAUCUCUGACGAAGACGACGGUGGUGGUAACGGCGGCAUAGCCUCGUCGUCGUCGUCCCCCGCCCCGUCGUCUCAGUCGGCCCUGCCCUCUCAGAGCGCCGACCUCUCGUCCGCUUCGCCCCCAGAUAGCACGCAGCACUUCGGCGCCUCGAUGCCGCCCCCUCACAUACCCUCAUACCCUCCUCACCUGCCCCCUCCUCCACCGCCUGGCUUUUCUCUCCAGCCCCCUCCUCCUCCCCCGGGUGUGCCCCCUCCCCUGCCCCACAUGGAGCUUCACCCGGAGUACGCCAUGCCGCCUCACCUGUACGACUACGCCAACUCCGUGGAGCUGAUGAGCCAGUACGCCGGCACGUCCUUCCAGAUGCAAGCACACAUGCUCAGUCGUCUGCACCAGCUACGAGAAAAGCACGCGCCUGGCUCAGAGUACCCACCCUCUUACCACCUCCACUCUCUGCCUCCUCCCUCACAUGCACCACAUCCUCAUCACCCCUACAUGGACCAAGAUGGAGCUGCUGGGAACCCCUACAUGCCCCCUCACAUGCCUACGUAUCCGUACCCUGACCCUCACGCCGCCCAGCUGCCCCCUCACCACCCCCACGCUCUGCCUCCACCACCUCACUCCCCAUGGCCUCCUCAUGUCCUACCCCAGCAUUACCCCUCCCACUACCCACCUCCGACAUACAAUGCUGUGCAAGGGCUGGAAGGCGAGCAGUACACCAUUCCCAUGAUGGGUCAGAACCCUCACGAGGCCACGGUCCAGCUGGUUCUUUCUUCUCUUAUCGAUGAGAUGAAGAACAUCAUGCAGAGGGAUCUGAACCGCAAGAUGGUGGAGAACGUCGCCUUUGGAACCUUCGACGAGUGGUGGGAGCGUAAAGAGAGGAAGGCUAAGCCGUUCCAGACCGCGAUGAGGGCCGUGUCUGCUGUGCGGGACGACGAGAAGAAGGAAGAGAAGACGAGCAGUCGGCCGCGUGAGCCGCUGAUGUCUCUGGUGGACUGGGCCAAGAGCGGAGGCAUGGAAGGGUUCUCUCUGCGUGGGGCUCUGCGCCUGCCUUCAUUCAAGGUGAAAAGGAAAGAGCCUCAGGAGCUGGCAGAGGACGUGUCACUGAAACGAGUCAGGCCUUCGACUCCACCAGACGAGGAGGACGAAGACUCGUACCAGGGUAAAGGGUCUGACCGUCCAAGCCGGCCGGAGGAGACCCGAGCAGCAGAGAGAGACUCAGUACAGAGGAGGAAGAGACGCAAACCACGCAAAGCUUACGACCUGGACAGUGAAGGAGAGGAGACAUCUGAUGAGUCGUCAUCUGAAAAGGAGGAGGAUGAAGACGACAGCGAGAAAGACGAGUCCGAGGAUGAAGCCCUCAGUGCAGACAGCGAUGAUGAGAGCCUCUCCUCUUCAUCCGAAAGCCUGUCGUCGUCCUCCUCAUCGUCGUCUUCAUCUUCAGAUGAGGAAGACGAUGAGGAGCUGGAGCAGGUAGACGAGAGCGAGGCCUUGGACACGAUGGACGAGUCGACGAUGGACAGCGUUGCCAUGGAGAAGGAGAAAGCGAACGGAGGCGAGUCGCCUGCUGUGGCUGCUGCUGAGGUCAAAUCAGACAAGAUGGCUCCGGCCGUGCCUGUAAAUCACCGGCCACCGUCUCCUCCUUGUCCUCGCCCGUCUUCUCCCAUCCUGCCUCCUCUGAAGAAACGGCGCAAGACCGUGUCCUUCUCCAUGGAGGAGAGUGAAAGCAAACCCUCCAUCCAUGUCCCUGUAGCUCCUCUCUCACCUUCCUCCUCCGCUUCUCCAUCGCUCCUCCUUUCUCCGGUCAAAUCACAACCACCAGAUCAGCUUAUUACAUCAUCACCCACCGCUUCCACUUUGGCCACAUCAUCCAAACCUGCCCCGAUGCUCCGCCCGUUCGCUUCACGUCCGACCAAGGCCACGCCCCCUUCAGCGUCUCCCACCUCGGUUCUCACAGUCCCUCCUCCUGUUCGCUCGCUGCGUCCAGAGGAACCCAGGAAACAUUCUCCAUCCCCACAGUCGACCCCUGCCAAGUCUCCUCUCAGACGUGGCAAAGAAUCGCCCAGAACCCCUCCCACUCCUGUCUGCCUCACUGUCCAGAACCUUCCGCUGGACCAUGCCUCUCUGGUUCGGGUGGCCUACGAAGAGCCCGGCCCGAUGACGCUCGCAGCCAAUCAGAAAGGUCGUCCACGUGGCAGGCCUCGAACCGUCAGCAUGUCGUCUCCCUCCACACCGUCGCUACUGGAGGAGGAUGAGUUUGAUGAAGAUGAAGAUGAGGAGCUUCUGGAGCAGAGACUGAAGCUCAGGGAGCAGCUCGGAGCAUCCAGUUUGCUGCAGCUAGCAUCCGCAUCCACACCCGAUCUCUCCGUGCUAGCUCACGUGGCUGCAGAGAUGGACGGAGACAUUGACUCGGAGGAGACCGAGACGUCAGAUGAAGCCGAAGAGCACAAACUGGAAGAGGACGAAGUUGCUCGGCUUUUCAAGUUAGAUCCAGGCGGAAUGCUCGUCCUCCAGGAGCACAACUACUCAAAGUCUGCACCUUUCCUCCUUCCCCCUAUUUCUCCUGCAUCCUCCGCUGUUCAACGGAGGCAGAAACAGGAUGCCGCAGUGUUGCUCCCUACGGACUUCCAUCAACACUGCGUCCAGGAGGCUCCGGAGGAGGUCAUCGGAGACUCUCAGACAGACACGCCCGAGUUCUACGGCAUGGGGCUGGUCGGAGACGAGGCCGGAGUGCGUGUGCUCAGCCCCGUGUCUAAACGCAGAGGCUCGUUCAAGCCUGAGGAAUCCCUGGAGAAAGGAAAGAGUAAAAAGAGGACUCGGAAAGACAAAGAAAACGUGGAGCUGCAGCCUGCUAAAAAACUGAAGCAGGACCACGGCAGGAAACAGAAGAGAGGGAAGUUGGAGGAUUUCGCCCCGGAGGAGGACGUGGACGUGGAGCAGUUGGAGACAGCCGAUCUGUCCAGCUCCACCUCCAGCUCAGACUCCGGCGAUUCGGACUUCGGCCUGGACGAGCACCUCGGGUUCGAACGUGAGGAGGUGAGGAAAAGUGAGCGUCUCUUCCUGCAGGAAGCCGGAAUCACACCGUCGACCCAGAGGAAGUCCAACCUGGUCCUGCCUUCUCUCCCAGCCGCUCUGUUCUCAUACAAACAGCGCAGCGAGUUUGAACAGAUGACCAUCCUGUAUGACAUCUGGAACACCGGGCUGGACCAGGAGGACAUGUGUCUGUUGAGGGUCACGUACGAGAAGCUGCUGCAGGAUGACCACAACGCAGACUGGCUCAACGACACACACUGGGUCCCUCACACUAUCACUAACAUCCCGAACCCACGGCGUAAGAAGAAGGCAGUGGACAGCCAGCUGAGGCAGCACGUGACAGGUUGCGCCCGCAGCGAGGGUUACUACGCCAUCAGCCGCAAAGAGAAGGACGUGUACCUGGACCUGGACCUCGCCGAGGCCAUGCAGGAGUCCGUAGACUACGACAUCUCGGGAUCGAACCGCGUGCUGUCGGAGAGGCGCUCGGAGCAGAGGCGUCUCCUCAGCGCCAUCGGCACGCCCGCCGUCAUGGACUCGGACCUGCUCAAACUCAACCAGCUCAAGUUCCGCAAGAAGAAACUGCGCUUCGGACGCAGCCGCAUCCACGAGUGGGGUCUGUUCGCCAUGGAGCCCAUCGCCGCAGACGAGAUGGUCAUCGAGUACGUGGGUCAGAACAUCAGACAGAUGGUGGCUGAUAACCGUGAGAAGCGUUACGCUCAGGAGGGGAUCGGGAGCAGCUACCUGUUCCGCGUCGAUCAUGACACCAUCAUCGAUGCCACCAAAUGUGGAAACCUGGCACGCUUCAUUAACCACUGCUGCACUCCGAACUGCUACGCGAAAGUCAUCACCAUCGAGUCCCAGAAGAAGAUCGUCAUUUACUCCAAGCAGCCCAUCGCCGUGAACGAGGAGAUCACGUACGACUACAAGUUCCCCAUCGAGGAGAACAAAAUCCCCUGUUUGUGUGGCACGGAGAACUGCCGAGGAACACUCAACUAAAGCCCCUCCUACAUCCCCCACCCACACACACACCCACCCACCCACAGCCUUUACUACUGCAGGACAGGCACACAGCAUUAUGGGUAACGUGUCUUUGGAGUAAACACCACAGCUUGGAUUAAAAGUUUCUGUUUAAUAAAGCUAAUAGACUUGACCCGCCCACAGUGGUGUCUCCAUAGCAACACCGUUUUCUCUGAUUGGUGGAUUCUGAUCAUACGUAAAUUUAUUUUUUUAAAGCAAGGAUCUGUUUUUGACGUGUUGACAAAAAAAAAAAAGGUCACGAUCCCCUUAACUGGUUCAAAACUACGCGUCACUGCUUCCUCACUUCCUGUCUCACUUCCUGUCUCAGCCCAUUCGUUAAGGUUAAAGCCUUCCGUUAUUAUUAUUAUUAUUAGCAUUAUUAGCAUCGUCUCAACUCAUUUUUCCCUCAGUUUUGGCCGAUUUUAAAUAAGCAGAGACGACAAACUAAGCAGCAAAGAAACGUUUCCGUAUCCACACCGUGAUGUGCAGAUUCGCCGCUCGUCUCUUUCUGCAGUUAACGAUUAACUUUACAAAGUUGAUCGAAGCGUUAAACUCCGUGUUUAAACGUUUAUUUAAUACAAACGCUUUUCUUUUUCUCCGCGUCUCUAAACACCCACAGCGUCACCUCACACUCUCGUGUCUGUAUUUUAGUUUGUUCUCCGUCGGGUUUUUACCUGUUUUUCCUCUCACAGCUCUGUGAUGCUGUUUUAUUGUAGCUUGUGUUGGUUAGCGUUCCGUAAUAAACCUCUUUAUCUAGCUGUUUGUUUUUAGCUAAUAAACUCCUCUCGUUAAAGCUCUCACUAAUUAAUAAUCAGUUAUCAUCACCACACAUCAGCGCUUUAUACUGGAUCGUUGAUGCAUGACUGUGACGUGAUGUGGAAUAUUUCAGUUAACUCUCGCUGUAGUGCAGAAAUAAUGAAAAGGGUUUUAUUCUCUCUAUUUGGAGAGAAGAAGAAGAAUAAUAAUAUCGGAAGGUUUUUGCCUCAUCGUUUUCAUCCUCACACGAUUUAUUCGAUCAAGUCAACUUUUCAGAACUAACCUUUAUUAUUAUUAUUAUUAUUAUUAUUAUUAUUCAUUCUUUUCUUCCCCGUCAGUCCUGCAGAUUUAAGCUCCUCCCACUUUAUCCUUUUAUCGUCACGUCCAGCGACUCCUUUGAAAGGACACCAUGUAACGUGUGUGUAUAUAAAUAAUAUAACUACAGACUCGCACAUAAAAAACAAACAAGAAAAAAAACUAAAAAAUGGUCAAAAAUAAAAGUGUAAAUAUUGUAGAGGUGUUUGUUUCUCGUAGAAACGCACUGGUUCCACUCUGUAAAUAUGUUCUUCUUUUUCCUACUUUUUCCUUCAUCGCCAGACAAAAUUGUACAUACCGAUCGUUCACUUAUCUUAUUGGUUUUUUUUUUUGUUUGUUUUUUUUUAAUUUGAUGUAUUUUAAUAUUAUUUGCAAUAUUUCUCUUGUAUUAAUGCGUUGGAUCCUUUAUUAAUGGUGCAUUAAACUAUUUUUUAGAAAAACUGAAAACCAAA